AUGUGGAGUGUCAGCUCCCCUCAACUCCCCUCAAGACUCAGGGGCGCGGCUCCGGCCAUAGGGGUUUGGCAGAUGCUACCCGGAGCCAACGUCUCGAGGGCCUUGGCGAAAGCAGGGGUCGAUUGGGUUAUGAUCGAUUGUGAACAUGGUAAUAUUGACGAUGCUGCCAUGCAUGAAGCGGUUCCGGCGGUUGCUAGCUGCGGAGUUAGUCCCCUUGUGAGAAUUCCAGAUAUGCAAGACUGGAUGAUCAAGCGCGCCCUGGAUACCGGAGCGCACGGCAUUCUUGUUCCUAUGCUUCGUUCCGCAGAAGAGGCCAAGAAGGUAGUUGCAGCAGCAAAAUUCCCGCCUGUAGGACAAAGAGGAUUUGGAUCCCCUUUCGCAAUGGAGCGUUUUCAUCCCGUCCCUUCGAUGACAGAAUACCUGCAGUAUGCCAAUGACUCGCUCUUGACCAUGGUCCAAAUCGAAACACAGGAAGCGCUCGAUGCUCUCGAAGAAAUUGCUGCUGUGCCCGGCAUCGACCUUCUCUUCGUAGGCCCGCUCGACUUGGGUAAUAACAUCGGAUAUCCCAUUUUGCACGGGGUGAUGCGACCGGAACUUGAGGAAGCCAUCGAUCUCGUUCUAACAGUGGCACACAAGGCUGGUAAAAAGUGCGGGGUGCUUGCCAUGAAGAGGACGGACCUGGCUUCUGUACAGAGCCCGCAGUUCUCACGAGUGAAUAGAGUGAUGCGGCAAGCGUGUUUUAAUAAUCUGCUGUGUGUGCACAAGGGCUGCGGCAAGACGUACACCGACCCGGAAGAGGUCUGUUCGUACCAUCCAGGACCGCCCGUCUUUCAUGAAGGACAGAAAGGAUGGAAAUGUUGCAAGCCAAGAGUCCUCACCUUUGACGAGUUUCUAUCCAUCCCACCUUGCACCGAGGGCACGCACAGCACCACCGAUCUGCCCCCCGGGAUCGAGAAGAAGACAGGUGGCGACGCUGACACAACCACGCAAUCUCUCUCCAACAAACUCUCCGAGCUUUCUGAGGUGCCAACGUCAGCACCCAGCCGCGCUCCCCUGGCUCCCCAGGCAGCCCCUACAGCACCGCCCCCGCCUCCCGAGUCAGAAGAUGACGAACCCUCUUUGGAUAUCCCAGAUGGCAAAGUGUGUAGACGGAAAACAUGUAAUGUGGCCUACAAGAAAGGACAAGUCCGUUCCAAUGACGAGCAGUGCGUCCACCACCCGGGUGUGCCCAUUUUCCACGAGGGUAGCAAGGGCUACAGCUGCUGUAAGCGUCGCGUCUUGGAAUUUGACCAGUUCAUGAAAAUUGAAGGCUGCAAGAUAUCACCCCGUCACCUGUUCGUUGGCUCGGGACAGGAUAAGAAGAAAGGCAAUGGUGUCGUAUCAAACUCCGCGGGAGAAAGUGGUGAGGAGUUGUUGGACACAGUUCGACACGACUUCUAUCAAACACCGAGCACAGUUAUUGCCUCGUUCUUCCUGAAGAAGAUUGACAAGACCAACGCAACUGUCAAAUUCGAGGCACAAGAACUAACGCUCGAUCUGCCGACCAGCGAUGCGGCGCCCAAGAGAUACAAGACGACCGUUCCUCUGUUUGGACCAAUCGACACGGACAAAAGUAGCUUCAAGAUUCUCGGCACCAAGCUCGAAGUCAGCUUGUACAAAGCAGACGGAAAGAGCUGGCCGGUUUUGCGCAGCGAUGAUCGGCAGACAGGCGAGAUUUUGCAAGUUGGACGCGCCGGCCAGGUGUAG